AUUAAAACAAAACACAAUUCAAAACAAAUUUGAGUUUUUCAUUAGCCAAAUAUCAACACAACAACUUGAAAAACACAAAUAUCACCUUGUACAUACAAUUUCAUACAAAAAAAACAUCCGAGUAGAAAAGAUGAAGAGUUUAGCUAGAUUGGCUGCUAAUGGUGGAAGAAGAUCAGGUCUUUUGAGUAGUUGUGCUGUUACUAAUGGUAGUAGUGCUUCAUUGUUAUCUGCAUCAAAGAAUUUCCAUACAUCCAUUAAAUCACAAGCUAGGUGGUCCGUAGAAAGAGAACCAGAAACCUUGAAACAACUUCCAGAUCCAACCAAAAUUAUUGAUGAAAAACUUAUUCAUCAAAUGAUGGAAGAAACAAAGGAAAAAGCCAAAGAUCAUGAACACGUUCGACAAAUUUUGAAGAGAGCUAGAGAUCAAGCCUUGCUCAAAUCACCACUUCUCCGAAAUAAGAAGAAUGGUGGAGAAGUUGAAUCACAAAGUUGUGAAACCAUUCCUAAAGAUGAAUAUAUUCAAGGAUUGUCACUUGAAGAUACUGCAACCUUGUUGAAUAUUCCAGAGGAAGAAACUGAUAUUCUCAACAGUUUAUAUACAACAGCUUUUUAUAUUAAGGAAUUAAUUUACGGAAACAGAAUUGUUUUGUUUGCACCACUGUAUACUAGUAAUUAUUGUGUUGGAAGUUGUUUAUAUUGUGGAUACAGAGGAUCUAAUAAGGAAAUGCCAAGAUCAGCCCUCUCUGAUGAAGAAGUCAUUAGAGAAGUUGAAGCUUUACAAAAACAAGGUCACAAGAGAAUUUUAAUGUUGUGCGGAGAAAGUCCAAAGUAUACAUUUGAAGAUUUUAUGAGACAAUUGCAAGUUGCUGCUGAUGUCAAGACUGAACCUCAUGGUGAUGUGAGAAGAAUCAAUGUUGAAAUUCCUCAAUUGAGUGUUUCUGAUUUUAGAAGAUUGAAGGCAACCAACAAGGUCGGAACAUACAUCUUGUUCCAAGAAACUUAUCAUCGUCAAACACACAAGGAAAUGCAUCCAUUUGGUACUAAAGGACAAUACUACGACAGAUUGCAAACCAUGGAUAAGGCCUUCGUGACUGGAUUGGAUGAUGUUGGUAUUGGUGCUUUGUUUGGUUUAUAUGACUAUAGAUUCGAGGUGUUGGCAAUGUUGCAACAUGCUAACCAUUUGAGUGAUGUUUGGAAUGCUGGCCCACACACCAUCUCAGUUCCAAGACUGAAACCAGCAUCUGGCUCUGAGGUUUCUGUUCAUGUUCCAAACCUUGUCAGUGAUGCUCAAUUCAAAAAAUUGGUUGCUGUAUUGAGAUGUUCAGUUCCAUACACUGGUAUGAUUCUCUCCACAAGAGAAAAUCCAGAUAUGAGAAGAGAAUUGCUUUCUCUUGGUAUUUCACAAAUGUCUGCUGGAUCCAACACUGCAGUUGGUGGUUAUGAAAAGAAGGAAGACGAGCGUGAUGACUACUCUAUGGGUCAAUUCUCAUUAGGUGAUCACAGAAAUACUGGUGAAGUUAUUCGUGAAUUAUUGGAAACUGGAUACAUGCCAAGCUUCUGUACUGCUUGUUACAGAAUGAAUCGUACUGGUGAAAAGUUUAUGAAGAUUGCCAAGAAGGGUGACAUUCAAAAUAUGUGUCAUCCUAACAGUAUCAUGACACUUGCUGAAUACUUGCAUGACUAUGCCGAUGAAAAAACUCAAACUGUUGGUUGGAACAGAAUUGAAGAAGAACAAAAGAACAUUCCAUCUGAAGCCAAGAGAAAGUCACUCAAGAAGAACCUUGAAAGAAUUGCUGAAGGUGUCAGAGAUAUUUACUAUUAAAUAAAUCAUUCGAACAAUAUUA